ACCUAUGGUUAUUACAUUUGGAUAUCCUACGCCGCUCUUCUGGCCCUCAAUCUCCUUGGUGGAGUUGUGUAUUUUGCAAGUUCCUCAAUUCCCUCAAGCGGAACACUUUUUGGAGUCGCUAUUAUCGUAUUUCUUCUUUGUGUUCCUCUUUCCUAUAUUUGUUGGUUCCGGCCUCUCUACAAGGCAUUCAAAUCCAAUAGUUCGGCCAAUUUCUUCAUUUUCUUCUUUGUCUUCUUCGCACAAUGUAUUGUUAUUCUCAUCCAAUUUCUGGGGAUCACAAGUUGGGGAACCUGCGGAAUUUUGGUGGGUUUGUAUGCAGUUAAAACAGGCUACGGUGCUGGCGGUUUCAUACUCUUUAUCGCCUGUCUCUUUGGAGUGGAGCUUGCAGCCUGUGCCUACUACUUCAUUCUAUGGGCUGGUAUCGAUGUUGGAUUGCCGAAUUGGGAACUUUCGGAGCAAAUGACCAGAUCUCAUAAGCAUCGUCUCUCGUUAUAUCGAUCAACGGGAGCAAGCUUCGGCAAGGCUCGUGAUGAAUUAACCACUACCUUGGCAACCAACCCCCUGGUACGCAAUGUUGGUAUGACUGCAGCUCGGGAGGCUUUUGUUGGACCGCAAUUCGGUUCUACUGAUGCUCGUUAUUAA